GGAAGAGUAUCGGUAGCUAAGGGAAACUGUAAGGUUUAAUAACGGCGGUUUCUCUGUGCAGAAAUGAAAAACUUCGACUUGUUUUAACAAACAACAAGAGGAAGCUAUCCAGUUUACCACCAGAGGGACUAUGGCUCUGCCGACCCUCUCGGCCCAUGUGCCCAGCCGGUCCCGGGUGCUGGCCGGACAGCUGGCUCGACAGCGGGAGCAGGAGGCCCGGUGGCGGCAGCAGUGGGAGCUGCAUGCUCAGUACUUCAGAGAGCAGAGUGUCCGCAGCCACAAACAGGCGGCGUGGAGCUCCCGACAGUCCUACCAGCGGAGUAUGUCGGCAUACCAUAAACAAAGACUGGAGGAGGAAAAGAAGGCCAUCCUGGAGCAGCGCAGGGAUCGGCUCAGGGCCAUGCUUCAAGAGGAACAAGACCGCCUGGAGGCGGAGCUGAGGGAGCUAGUUCCUGACAGGAGUGCACUGGCAGGUCAGCUGGUGCAAAAGACUGAAGAGCUUCGUACAGCAAGAGAGGAAAGAAGAAAAAAGCUUGCACAAGAGCUGCUGAAUGAGCACUGGAAGAAAAACAACGCAGAGUUGCGAGAGGUUGAGUCGACAUUACAUAAAGAUCAUGUUGUCAGCCAGUGGCAAGAGCAGAUAUCUGAGAAGAAACAGCAAGAAGUGGAAGAGAAGCAGGAGAAGAGACGCUUCGAAAAUGAAUACGAGAGGACCCGAAAAGAGGCUCUGGAGAGGAUUAAGCAAGAGAAGGUGAAAAAGAACCUAGAGGAGCGGAAGAGGGCGGAGGAACUUUGCAAACAGAUGGAAGAGCUAAAGCUGAGGGAAGAGGAGGCAACUCGCCUAAAGAAAGAGCAAGAGGCUCUGCUAGUCAAACAGUGGGAGCUGGAGAAGAUGGAGGAAGAAAGGAGACAGGUGGAGGAAAGGCGAAAGAAUUCUGAGAUGGGGCAUUUCUUGAUCCGCCAAUAUCGCGCUCAGCUGAGGAGAAGAGCCCAGCAAGUGCAGGAGGAACUAGAGGCUGACCGUAAGAUCCUGGCAGCCUUGCUGGAAGGACAGCAGGAGGACAGGAAGAUGGAGACGGCACGAAAAGAAAGGGCCAUCGCUGACGCUGCCUGGAUGAAACAUGUGAUUGAAGAGCAGCUUCAGUUGGAGCGGGAGAGGGAGGCUGAGUUUGAAAUUCUUCACAGAGAAGAAGCUCAACGUGUGUGGGAGAAACGAGAAGCACAGUGGGGGAAGGAGAGGAAAGCCAGAGAACGGCUGAUGCAGGAGGUGCUUGUGGGGAGACAGCAGCAGCUGGAGCUGAAGAUGCAAAAGAACAGAGAUGCUCAGGAGGAGUCCCUGAAGAGAAGGGAACAGCUGAUCCAGGAACUGGAGCGGGAGCGGGAGACACGGCUCCAGGAGAAGGAGCAAGAAGGAGCCCGUAGGACGGCACGGAUGCAGGAGAUCAAUGAUCAGGUGGAGCAGCAGCGUCGAGAACAGUGGGAGGAGCAGUGCAGGCUAGAGCAGGAAGAGGAGGAGGACAGGGAGGCUCUUCAAAACCAGGAGGAGGAGCUGAGGCUGGAGAUGCAGAGGAUGGCCAAGAAAGGGUACCAGGAGAAGAUUCACAGCAGACCUCGAUCAGCCUGGACAUGAGCCACCUGCAGGACUGGAAUCAAACCUCAGUUGUGAGACGUAUAUUUUUCUACCUGUGAAUUGGCUGAAAAUUAGUUAGUUGUCACCGUUUUGUUCCUCCUGUCCAGCAAACCAUUCAAAAUAACUGAUGGGGAACAUAAUCUGCAGAUAUCAUUCAAAGUAACAUCAAAUCAAAUCAAGGGAUUAUCUUUUCUUUCAAAAUCCCCACAUCUUACUCUUUGGGACAGUGUUGUCUUGAGGAGCCACAGUGGCUGUGGGAGACCGUAACAAAAAACAGAGAAUCCUGUAGCAAAAAAGAUAAAGAUGAAGAUACCAACUCCUGAAGCUUCAGAUUUUAUUUGAUUAAACUUUAAAAUGCUUUUUUGCACAGAUCAACAUCUGUGAAUUUUGUCCCCAUCACUUACACUGGAACUGCGUUAUGGAGUGAUUUUCUAAAUUGUGCCAUUUUGAUGUAGAUAAUUUAAUGCUGGUUGUUUGCAUAUGUAGAAAAGAACUGACAGAUUUUUUUUUGCACUUUUAUAUAUUUAGUAUAUAUUUUCUAUCGUGAAUUUGUAGACUGUUUUCAAUAAAGCUAUUCCAAUCAAA